UUGAGAUGUAAGGUGUUAACACUGGCGGGCGUCGUUCUUAUGAAGCCCGGAAUAUGUCCAUCACAUCACUCAACUUCAUUUGAUAACUAUAUGCCUGUUAAGUAGAAGAUUUUAAUUUGUUAAUAGCAUUAUAGUGUGGUUUUAAUAUUGAACAAUAAUAUAUAUAUAUAUAUGUAUACGAAAUGUACUAGUUUUGUGUCCGAAAUGGUAAACAAUGUGCGAGCCGACCUGUGUACCAAGGGACUAGUAUCCGCCGUCAGUGGCUCCAGUAAUUACCUCAAAUUAACAACAAAUUAUCUCAUAAAUCCCGUGAGGACCUGUAGGUGUUGGGAUAACUGUCUCUACUACCAUAAAAUUACACACGUAGCGAAUGUCAGAGUGAGGCUACAGUGUAUAUUAUUGCCUCUUGUGCAGUCGGCGUGUGGCGGGCUGGUUUGCUUUAUAAUAAUUCUCACAUGGACUUGAAGUAGAGAAACACCAAAGUUAAGAGUAUACUUUACGAAGAGUGACCUUUCACAUGUCAGGACUCUCAUCAAGCGAGACGUAGGGGUGAGGGCUGGCAUAUUAACUCUACACCAGCAUCAGCCAUUAAGACAACUCUUGAGGACUGUGUCACAGUACACACGUACUGUAGACCUCAGUACUAGCAACUACAGAUACACUGAUGCACAAUUUUGUGAAAGGGAACGCCAGUACCAGUUAGUCGUGUAGGAGAUGGCCCUCCAGAGGCUCCGGAUGCUGGGGUGAUGACAGGUGGAAGAGUGAGGGAGUAAGCUGGCCGAGACCUCAGACAUAUUGCACUAAGACGAAAUGUCUAGACGAAGAUGUUCCCUUUCAUCGGCUUGGAUUUUAAUCUUCGUAGGGUUCGUGUACCUAACAGGAAUUUAUCAGUACUUCAUAGCGUGGUCCUAUUCAAAACACUACACACACUGGGGGCCAUUUCACUCAUUGAGGCCUGCAGAAGAUGUUGCAGUUAAACGUAUCAAUGAAUUUCAGCACUCUUAUUCAUUUUCAAAUGUGGAAAAAUGUGAAAUAAAAGAUUCCAUACGCUUGAUGUAUGUUGUAAAGUCAGCUCUUCCAAAUUUUGAGAAAAGAAUGGGAAUUCGGAAUUCUUGGGGUUUCGAAAGCCGAUUUUCUGAUGUGGAAAUCAAAACGGUCUUCUUGUUAGGAAUGAAUCCAGACAAACCUCAGUUGCAAAAAUUGCUGGAAAAGGAAGUUCAGGAACAUAAAGAUAUAAUACAGGCAGAUUUCAUAGACUCAUACUUCAACAACACUAUAAAAACCAUGAUGGGCUUACAUUGGACAUACCACAAUUGCCAGAAAGUCAAAUAUUUUCUUUUUGUAGAUGAUGACUAUUAUGUGUCUACAAGAAAUAUGCUUCGCUUUUUGAGGGAUCCUGCUAACUAUCCUCAAUAUCUUGAAAAAUAUAUUGUAACAGCUGUUAAUGAGUACAAAGAACAUCUGUAUGCAGGUUAUGUUUUUGAACAUUCACGCCCCAUCAGGUGGGUCUUUAGCAAAUGGUAUAUUUCACUUGAUGAAUAUCCAUAUUCUGAGUGGCCACCAUAUGUGACAGCUGGUGCUUAUGUUUUGUCAAGAAAAAGUUUGGAAGAUUUAUAUCACGGUAGUACCAAUACCUACAAAUUCCGUUUUGAUGAUGUGUUCCUUGGUAUGGCAGCUAAAUAUGCAGGCAUUAAGCCUUAUCACCACAAGGAAUUUUACUUCUAUCGUAAACUAUAUGAUCUGGAGGGAUAUAAGUGGGUGAUUGCCUCCCAUGGUUUUGAUGAUCCAAAAGAAUUACAAGAGGUCUGGAGUGAACAAAGAUCUGCCGGAAAUGCAUAAUAUAAUUGCUGUAUUACUUGCCCUUUUUCAUCAUGAUACCUUUACCAGAAACUUGAUGUAAUUCAGGCUUCUCUACCUCUAGUAUGUGCUAUAUUAGGAAUUGAUUGUUAUAAUUGGCUCUUUUUUUUUCUAAUAAUAAUACAUUUAUACAGUAUUAUUAUUAUAACAGUACAGUAUUAUGAUUGAAUUUGGGCCCGAGGCCAAAUGUAUUUUUCUUAUAUUGUAUAUUUUGUAUAUCUUGUAUAUUUUAGUAUGUAUCUCAACUUUUAAAAUACUGUGUGUGCUGCCUUACUUUAAAGGUUCCAGUUUAAUUCUGUGUUCACCUAACAGUACUGUAUAUAGGUACCUGGAUUUUAGCCAAAUGUUGCACGUCACAUCCUGGGUAAAGUCAGUUAUUGGCCUACGAGGACCACAAUAAGCCUAAUAGGCAUCCUGUCCCUGACAAUUAAAAAUAUAAAUACAGUACAAUAAAAUUUUAAUGAUUUAGUUUUUUGCAUUUUUAGGUUUGCACUGUUUAUUUAUAAGGUAUCGUAGUACAAUUUGCUUCAUUGUCGACUCACAAUUGAGGAAUCCAGGUUUCAAUUCCUGGCCAGAACAAUAAUGGACAUGUCUCCUUUCAUCUAAUGCCACUGUUUUCCUAGCAGUACAUAGGUACCCAGGAGUUAUGCAACUGUUGUGGGGUUGCAUCCUGGAAAGGGUCAGUAUUAUAGUUCGACUUUGGAAGGACCUCAAUACAAGCACGCAUACAUGUACGCUUAGGUAAUAUUACACACACUAAUAAUACUAAUACAGUAAUCUAGCAAUAAUCUAAUAACACCAACCUAAUAAUCAUUACUGCAUACAGUCCACCAACAAGCAAUACAGGGACUAAGGAAGAGCUCGAUGACAAAAGAGAUGGCCUUAAAGGAAUCAUAAGAGAAAUUACUUUACCAAAUCCUUUACCCAGUCAGGCAGAACUAAAUCUAUAUAUCUUGGAUGACAAACAAGUUCAGAACCAGAGUGGAAAUGUACAGAGUUGUAAUGCACUAAAUACAGGAGCAAUCUCUCAGCCCCCAGGAAUAAUGUCAGGUGUUUAAAUUGUUUCUACACAAAUGCCAGAAGCCUAGUAAAUAAAUUUGAAUCAUUAUGUGCAUAUGCUGAGGCUGAAAAUCCUGACAUCAUUGACAUCAGUGAUGCUACAUGCCUUCCCAGCUUGGUGCCUUCUUUGAUGAUUACUUUACUUACUUGACAUCAGUGAAACAUGGGGCCGAGAGGACAUAAUAGAAAGGGAAUUCUCUCUCGUUACUACCCACCAUUCAGAAAGAUCAGAACAAUAAGAGCAGGUGGGGUGAUGCUGUAUGUGAAGGGGGACAUGGAUGCAUCCAACAACGGUUGGUCACGUGAUUGUUAAAAGAUUUAGCAGGGUCGUAUUCCAGGGAAUAUAGGAUUAAAAACAUGCCUAAAAUGCUAUGCAUGCUAUUGGCUGUGCAAGAAUAUAAGACUCUUGUAUAUAUACAAAUAAAAUAAAUAACAAUGAGGAACGGAACAUCAUGGGGUUCCUCAGAGUCUGCAUGGUGCAACAUACUAAAGAUGAUAGCAAAAUUACUGUGGGAGUAUGCUACAGGGUUGACACAGCAGCGGCAGAGGAAAUUGUGGAUCUGCAUAAUGUGAUCAAUAUAGAAUCUGAAACCAAAACCCUAAUAAUGGGGGACUAACCAUGAGACCAUGGAUUGGAUCAACCUAACAUCUCGAGCAGAAGGUGAGCAAUUUCUUUACCUUGUGCAGGACUCUUUCCUCAUACAGCAUGUGGUAGAGCCCACACGUUGUAACAGUAUACUUGUAACAGUAUACUAGAUCUAGUGCUAACAACAGAAGAGGGUAUGAUUGAUCAAAUUCUUGUGGGGGGAAAAGCUAACCCCCCUCCUCAUACGACCAUCAUAUUUUAAGAUGGACUACGAAUAUAGAAACCCACAUAAAGGUCAAAGAUGAUGAAUUUCUAGAUUACCAGCAAGGUGACUAUCAAGGAAUGAGAGAGGAAUUGCAAACCAUUUACUAAACACGGUAUAUGUACACGUAUAUACUGUACUGUAUAUACAUAUACACACUAUAGAUACAUUAUAGACAGAUGGGAGACAGACACUUAGGCAAUGCUGGGUACCUGGCAUUGCCCAGGGGUCUGUCUCCCAUCUGUCCAACUAUAUCCAUCCAUCUAUUUAAAAAUCUACCUAUUCAUUUAUCCAUACAUCCAUCUAGCCAUCCACAUAUAUAUGUUUAUUUAUCCACCGAUUCAUCUCUCAGUAUCAUCAUAUUCAUCUUCCUAUCUUGCCCUCUAUCUGUCCAUCCAUCCACCUGUGCAGCCAUCUAUCUACCCAUGCACCUAAUUCAUCUAUCUAUCCAUCCAACUAUCUUUUCAUCUAUCCAUCCAUCUACUCAUCUGUCUAUCCAUCAAUCUGUCCAUUCCCCUAUCCAUCCAUCUAUCUAUUAUCUGUCUGCCUCUUUGUCUCUGUCAGUCCCCCUGUCUGUGUUUCUCUCAACCUCUGUCUUUAUCUGCCCCUGUCUCUCUUAUAACAAAUAUAAUUGUCAAAUGUGUGGGUGGUCAGCAGUGAGAGGAGCUCAGUGGAGUGAAAUACUGUACUAAGAAGAGAAUAGUUACCCCUUACUCUGGUAAAGAGCCAUGGCUUGAAAAAACUUUGAUGCUGUGAAAGAUAUGGAUGUUUUAUGCAAAUAUGGGCAAAUUAUUGACAAUAGGAAAUUUGUUAAUUUUCCCAUUAUCAGUUAAUAAUGGUGUAUAUUACUACAGUAUAAGAAAAUUUUGUUUGAAAAGUUUUUGAAAAUAUUUACCUAUGUGACUGGCCAGCAGUGCCAAUAAUCAUCUAAUAAUUUUCCAAUUGUAUUGUUCUGUAAAAAAUGGUCAAUUAUCUAAUGCUCUGUGUGUUCAUUUGUCAGAAAAUUUGCACCAAAUUGAUUAGAAGAAGUCUUCUUCAAUAAUGAAUUGUAAAAGUAUUGUCAAUAGAAACAUUAUUAAAUCCACAAAGCCAUACAAUGUGAACAGUAAUACAAUGUACAGUAAUGCUUUGUAUAGCUUGGAUCCAUUUUUAAUUGAUAAAUUAAAAAAUGAUUUAGUAAGAUCAUUAAUACAGUUAUCUCAAUUUAAUAUCUCAUUAGUAUUGUUGGUGUUAUGGUCUCUGCUUUUGGGUUAAAAUUUUGUAAUGUAAAUAUUUAUCUUUACAACAUUCAACUCAAUGGUUUUAAAUUUGUAUGUAUUAUUACAGAAUACAAUAAAGUUAGAUUUGUAUAAAAAAAAA